GAGCUGGAGAGCCUCAUGUGGCUCCAGAGCUGCAGGUUGUUGACCCCCUGACCCCUGACCUAGAUGUACAGCAUCACAUCCGGGUCCUACUGGUCCCGUGAUCACCAACAGCAGACUGACUUCACCACACUGUACACUGAAGGGGAGCUUCUCCAGGACCAAAACAAGCCUCUACACUGACACUGCUUCAAGUGUUCUACCAAUGACUGAUAAAGAGGAGAUUAUGGACACCUCUGAUAGCCAUGACAUUGCGCCAUCGGUGAAGAAGAACGGACGAACCUCGUUGCUGGACAGCGGGGAGGACUUUGAGGUUUUAGAUGAAGAAGAUAUUGACGACGACCCCCCUCCUCUGGAAGAUGCCGGGGGUGGGAAGGGGAAAAAUACAGAUGAGUCUGAAAAGAACAGUGCAGACACAGAUUCAGACCCUCCUGGUCCAGUGGAAGAAUGGCUGGAUGUAUUAGGUAAUGACCAGCUGAAGAAAAAGGUCCUGGAGGCAGGGGAAGGGCGAGACAGUCGACCACAGAAAGGACAGAAUGUAAAGAUUAAUCUUAAAACAUCCCUGAAGGACGGGACACUUGUAGAGGAGCAGCCUGACCUCUCCUUCACUCUCGGAGAUGGAGACGUCAUACACGCUCUGGAUCUCACAGUGCAGCUCAUGGAAAUGGGAGAGAAGGCCCUUAUCGAGACUGAUGCAAAAUAUGCAUAUGGUCCCCGGGGGAGUCUUGAGCCCGAGGUUCCCUCUGAAGCUGAGCUGUCCCUAGAAGUGGAACUGCUGGAGGCUACUGAUGCCCCAGACCUGGAGCUGCUGCAGCCUACAGAAAAGAUUGCGCUGGCCAGCAAUAAGAGAGAGAGAGGCAACGUUCAUUAUCAGCGUGGGGACUACGCUUUUGCUGUGAAUUCAUACAGCAUUGCCCUGCAGAUAACAGAGUCUAGUUCUAAAGUUGACAUUAGUCCUGAGGAGGAGAAUGAGCUGAUGGACGUAAGAGUGAAGUGUUUAAACAACAUGGCUGCUUCUCAGUUGAAACUGGACCACUAUGACGCAGCGCUUAAAUCCUGCGUCUCAGCACUGGAACACCAGCCAGACAACAUAAAAGCACUUUUCCGCAUGGGCAAGGUACUAGCCUUGCAAGGAGAAUACACUGAAGCCAUUCAAACUCUGAGGAAGGCGCUGAAGUUGGAACCAAGCAACAAGACGAUCCACGCAGAGCUCUCCAAGCUGGUGAAGAAGAAUUCGGAGCAGCGAGGAGCGGAGCAGGCCAUGUAUAAGAAGAUGCUGGGUAACCCCGCUGGUAGCAGCAGUUCACAGAAACGCCGGGCCAAGUCUUCAUGGGGUCUCAGCUGGAAAUGGCUAUUCGGUGCCACUGCAGUAGCCAUCGGCGGUGUAGCAUUAUCCGUUGUGAUAGCUGCUAGAAACUGAACCAAGCAUGUGAUGAGCCUGACCAAGCAGCCCCUGCAACGUGAACCUAAAUAACAGAAGCACAUCUGGCAGUGCCUUCUGACCUCUGGUCAAACGGGGGUUGGAAAUGUCAGUCGGUCAGUCGCCUCUUCACCGUCACUCUCCUUUCUCUGCUAUGUUUGAGAACUAUAUGUGACAAAUGAUUAAAAAAACAUCAAUAUUUGCAUAUGGGAACUGUAUUUCCAACCUUAUAAAUGUGUAUGCAUAUCUGUCACGUUGCCAGACACUGUCUUUUUUUUGCUGCCAUUGUUUGUGUCUUUGGUAGUUAAUGUUGCUUAUUUUGAGCAUCGAAAUGUAAAAUAAUUUACUGUAGAUUCAGAUAGGAGCUAUUUAAGAAUAUUUUUCCCAUUAAGAAUAGCUAUUGUGAUACGGUUCUAUGUUAUGCUAUAGUUUUAAAACGUCAGAUUGUGCAGUUAAAUUAAUAUUUCCUAUCCGAGAGAGAAUGUGUGAUUUGUUUUAGUUAUGGUACAAUAUUUCCUGUUGACUAAUGCAGAUGCUCUUUUAUUUGAGGUCCACACGCAAAGCAUCUGGCUUGUGUGCUAUAGCUUUCACGCCCUUUCUAGAGACUUUUCGUACGCUAAGUGGACAGAAAAAUAGAAACACCAGUAUAAUGUAAUGCAAAACAACAGUCAGCUGUUGUUGCUGAAGUUGUUUGUGUGUUGAAUCCGUACUAUGUGUGAGGCUGGAGUUUGUUAUGAUAUUAUGCUGAAAGGUAUUCCUAAAAUUGUAUCCACCUCAUUUACAUAUAUGGAGGAGCUAAAGUAUAAGAAACCCCUCCCAAAAUACAGCAGUUAAUUAAAAUACAACAAACGGCAGCCUCACAAAGUACCAUGUAAUUGAAUCAACGCCUAUCUGACACUGUCAACAGCAACAAACAAUAAUAACAUGAACAUCAAUGCUGGGGGGUUUCUAUAUUCUUGGUCAUUUGUGUAUACAAGGACAGAGAAUGGUACCUAGUUUCUCAGUGAUGUCGCUAUGAACAAUUCUGAAGGAGAGCUUAUUUUUUAUUAAAUUUCAGUCGAUUAUACCUCACUUUUUGAUGAUUAAGACCAAAUGUUGAAGGAUGACACUUCAAAUACAAUGUUGGGUGUGUAUUUUUUAUUUUUUUUUGUCCCUUACAUGUUUUGCCUGUGAAGUUUUCCUUCCAUGAUGUUGCUUUGGGUGUUUAUUCCACUGUUGUUUUGUUUUAAUAAUUUCCUUCUAAUGUGUCAUCACUGAAUCUGUGGCUUCUUCAGAGUAUAGAUGGUCGGCCUACAGAGCCAAAAGUUGCAUAAACUCUUAAGAGUUGGUGACAAACGAAGUGGUCGUGAAAGUUCCCAGCAUUCCCUGUAUUUAAUUUUAUAUUCAUCACAAUAAAAUUUGUCUGUUAUCAAA